UGGGACUGUUGCUGACUCUGGCUUCUAGACAUCCUUCAUCACACAACGUGAGUUUUAGACUUCGAGGCUCUUCUGCAAUUACCCUCGCAUCUCGCGUCGAUAUGAUUCAAUUUUAGCUCAAUCCAUUCUCUGAGUUGUCUUCUUUUCCUUUCUGUUCCCUAUACCCAUUCUUGUAUCUCUAGCCCGGUGAAACUUUCCUCACGAGCUGAAUCCGACUAUCUUCGGAGAAAGGAUCCAAGUCGUUGGGGCUUGAUUCUACUUAGCGCGAUGACGAGGUACUGUUAUGGCUCUUGGCGGGGGCCGUUUUGAAGUCUUCAGUCAGCGUUCUGCCGUCUGUAGAUGGAUGGCGGUGUGUAGUGGAACGGGUCGUGAAGAGUUGGCGAUUACGCUUAUACUGGCUUCUAUGAUCCACCAUCUUUCAUCUACCUGAUGUGACAUCCGCUGUAGAUGCAUAUGUUGACGAAAUCUUGUACAGACUCUGGGAAACAUGGCUCACAAUCAAUCCUCGGCUCAAUACCUCGCCUCUGCUCGGCCCAACACCGCUGCUCCUCUUCCCGGCUCGCUUUCUCUUCCGCGCCCCAACUCUACACCAUCGACUCCUCAAUAUCCUCGUACCAAUCAAGUUCGCCCACUCAACAAUGGACAGCCCUUCCGCCCCAAUCCUAACGUUCAUAGAACACCAGGACAGGAUGUGUUUGGCAGAAGCCGUGUCCCUGCGCCUGUCCAUGUACCUUCCCCAUCUUAUACUACGAAUACUCAACAGGCCUCUGCUUCUGGAGGUGAGCGGAGGAGAGGCGUUGAAGGACUUGGUUUGAGAGGUACUAUGCGUAAUGAGAUUUCUCGUUUGAUGUAUGGGGCCGGUGAUGUUGCAGAUCCGUUGAUGGACACUGUCGACUAUAUGGAAGAUCUGGUUGUUGAGUUUUUGGCUGACCUUUGUCGUCCUGUGCCGCCCAUCCGUUCUAACCCCACCGUCCAGCAUCAAGCUGUGCCCCUCACAGCCGAGAUUCUUCGCCAUCGCCUUGACUCCACCACGGCUCUUCACAAAUAUCGCGAACGUUUCGAUCACAUGCUCCACAUGAGCGAAGUGUUGAAGCAGCACAAACGUGUCGCCGAUCCCAACUUCCACGACAUUGUCAACCAAGUGGGGGGCGAGUAUUUGGGGCUGCACGACAAUGCUCCCGGUGGAGGAGCUACUGGGGGAGAUGACGCUGGGGCUGGAAGUGGAGGGCAAGGGCAAAAGAGGACGCACGACGGAGAAGGUGGUGAACCGCCCAAGAAGAAGGGACGUCCUCCAAAGCCGCCUGGAGAAAGGAAGAAGCCUGGUCCGCAGAAGGGAUGGAAGUUGAACAGAGAUCCGAAUGCCCCUACAAAGAAGGCGCCGAGAGAUCCGAAUAUGCCAAAGAGGAAAUACGUGAGAAAGGCGCCUUUGAAGAGCCAGAUGGGUACGCCGGCACCAGAAUCCCAGUGA